AUGCCAUUCCAAAAGGAAAAACCCCUACACUCCUUGUUUGCUGGCGCGACUGCAGGUGCAGUUGAAGCAUUCCUGACAUACCCUACGGAAUUCGUCAAAACUCGGUCCCAAUUCGGCGGGAAGAGAGAAAGCCCUAUUGCUAUUAUCAAGGAUACUCUAAAAACCAAGGGCUUCGUGGGGCUUUACUCAGGAUGUACGGCUUUGGUGGUUGGGAACUCUGUCAAGGCUGGGGUACGUUUCGUCAGUUACGACCAUUUUAAGCAGAUGUUGGCGAAUUCCGAGGGCAAAGUCAGCGCUCCCCGAAGUCUUUUAGCUGGGCUAGGAGCUGGGAUGACGGAGGCCAUCUUCGCCGUCACGCCUUCGGAGACAAUAAAGACAAAGCUCAUCGAUGACGCCAAACGCCCAAAUCCACAAUACCGUGGAUUAAUCCACGGCACAACAUCCAUCGUGCGACAAGAAGGCAUCUUUGGAAUCUAUCGCGGUCUUUUCCCCGUUAUGAUGCGACAAGGCGCCAACUCCGCCAUCCGGUUCACGACCUACGCCACGCUGAAGCAAUUCGUGCAAUCAACAUCCCGGCCUGGUCAACCCCUUCCCAGCGCUAUCACUUUCGGCAUCGGUGGAAUUGCGGGCCUCGUCACUGUUUAUACAACAAUGCCCCUCGACGUUAUAAAAACCCGGAUGCAAUCUCUAGAGGCUCGUGCACAAUAUCGGAAUUCUUUCCACUGUGCAUAUCGCAUUUUCACGGAAGAGGGUAUACUUCGGUUUUGGACUGGCACGACGCCCCGCCUGGCUCGACUGGUGCUGAGUGGAGGAAUUGUGUUUACGGUAUACGAAAACAUUAUCAAGGUCAUUGGUGGUCGAGAAUCAUAGGGAGGUCAGCCAAGGAUCAUCGGGGUCACCGUUCUGGACCGUGUAUGGAUGCGUACGUCGAAAACUACGAAUGGGCAUCUUAUGUAGAAAGCUAGGACUUUGGAAUUUGCAGUAUAUUCCCGCAGGACAGUUGCGAGGUGUUUUGUCCAAACAGGCACCCAAACCUUGCAAAUGAACGAGAAUGUUUUGAAGUGUU